UGUAGGAAAUGCGAUUUGUUUUUUUAGAAUUUGAAUUUUCAACGAAACUCGUCAACAAUCGUCGCCGAGAAGCAUCGCGCCAAACCAGGUGAGUGACCAUGAGCUGGGCGGGGGAGGAGUGGAAGGAUGGACUUCCAGGGAAGGCCCUGCAGAAGAUCCAGGAGAUGGAAGUACAGCUGGACAAAGUGAAAAAGGAGAGAACUCAAAAACAGUUCCAGCUUGACUCUCUGGAGGCAGCCCUGCAAAAGCAGAAACAAAAGGUGGACAGUGAGCGCAAUGAAGCGUCUGCUUUGAAAAGAGAGAACCAGUCUUUAGUAGAGUCAUGUGACUCUGUAGAGAAAGCUCGCCAAAAGGUUUUACACGAUCUAGGGGUCAAAGAGCAGCAGGUGAGAUAUUUGGAGGGCCAGCUCAACACUUGCAGAAAGACCAUAGAGCGACUAGAGCAAGAGCUUAAGAAGUACAAAAAUGAGCUGGAUCGGUCUCAACCUGCUGGCUCUUCCUCCUUGGAUCUGCAGCCAUUUGUUACUCCACAGAAGAGUUUCUCCACUCCAGUUUCUGUUUACAAACAGCAAGAUAACAAACUAGAGGAUCUCCAAGAGAAAUAUAACCUGGAAGUAGAAGAAAGAAGAAAGCUGGAGAAUGAACUCAAAGUUCUGCAGGUCAAACUGUUGAAUCAGUCCUCGGCCAGCGUGAACCACAAGGACAUUGCUCUUCGCCAAGCUGGAUCCUCUAUUUUCCCAUGGCAGCAACAAGAUCAGGCGCACACCCGCCAGUCUCAGGAAAUUACUGAAACACCUCUGAAGAGGCGUGGCACGUCCCUUUGGGAUGCCCGCGAGGAAACGCCCAUCAAACCCAGCCAGCGGAUGAGCUGUACCAGAACAGCAGCGAGUCCGGCUGGAUCCCAACAAAUGGAACAACUGAAAAUGCUCAAUCAAGAGCUGCGUGGCCGUGUGUCAGAGCUGGAGAGGAGCAUGUGCAGUCACGAGAGAGAGAUUAGUAGCCAGGCCUCCAAACUGCAGGACCUUCAAGUCCAACUGAACCAGGCCCGCAAAGACCUGACUGAACGGGACCGAGACUUGACCAAGACGACCCACGAGCUGCGUCAGACCACAGACAGACAUCAGCAGCUUGAGGUCAAGUAUUCUUCAGUAGAGCAGAAGCUGAAGCAAGUUACUGAAGAAAUGAGCUGUCAGAGACACAACGCUGAGAGCUGCAGACGAGCCCUGGAACAGAAGGUCAAGGACCAGGAGAGAGAUAGUCAGAAGGAGCUCGCCCAGCUGCAAAGAUCCAAUCAGACUUUGGAGCAACAAAUGGAGCAGACCAGAACUAAGUUAACACAAGAGAUCCAACAAUACAAAAAAGACAACAAUAUACUUCAGACUGAUUUGGAGAAAAUGUCUUCUCAGAGGAGUCAGCUGGAGAGGGAGGUGGAGGAGCAGAAACAGAAGCUGCUGCGCUCACAGCAGAGCCUCCAGGCCAGCCAGACCAAAGAGGAGGACCUCUGCAAGAAACUAAAGGAGGACCAGCGAGAGAAGAACAGCAUUUCUGUCCAGUUGGACCAGAGCAAAAUGCGUCUGUCACAACUGGAGGACGAGAAGAAGACCUCGGACCAGAGUCUGAAAUGCACCCAAGGACGCCUGGAUGAUCUAAAAGCAAAAUGCGAAAGUCAAAAUGAAGCGCUGAAGAGACUUCAAUGCAAACUGGAGCAGCAGUCGCAAACGUCGACGCUGGAGCUGGAAAACCAAAGGAAGAUGCUCUCUGAUGCGGAGGCUAAAAAUGAAUGGUCCCAGAAGGAAAUGCAGAAACAGAAGCAAGCAGAGGAGCAGUUGACCAACAAGUUGGCAGAGGCUAUAAAAGAGGGUCAAGAGCUGAAGAAAAAUCUUGGCGCCAGUCAUGACGAGUGCAAGCAGUUGACCCAAAAGCAUCAAGCUCUAUUGGAUUGGAAAAAUGACAAGGAUAAACUCAUCAACAAUGCAGAGGCCAUGCAGAAGGAACUCACUGACAAAAUCGGUGCCUUGGACAAAAGUCUGACCUCGCAUAAUGAGGCUAACGAAGAAUUGAAGAAGCAACUGAGGUGUGCAGAGGAGGACCAGGCGAGGCUGUCAGCACAUAUUGACAGCCUGAAGGGAGAACUCCUCAUCAAGAGUACAGAAUUGGAAGAAAGAGAGCAUCAGUACAAGGAUCUCCAGACUAAAUCUUCUGAGGCUGAACAGAAACGCACCAAAGAUCUGGAAAAUGUUGGUGCGCAGGUGACCCACCUUGAAACGCAGGUCAAAGAUCUGCAGUUGCAGCUGAAAAGGGAGAUUGCUCGAGCAGAGCAGGCCGAGAAGAGCAUCACCCAGCUGCAGCACGAGCAGCGAGCAUCCUCCGACCUGGCGCGCUCCAAAGAACAGCUGAUUGAACUUGGCCAAGCUGAAAUACGCCAGCUGAGGGACACCCUUGCUCAGGCUACUGCUGAGCUCGAAGAGAGAAAUUUAAGGUGAGACAUUGAUUUGCUGCUCUAUCUACCUCUGCCUUAAAAUGUUUAUUACUCUACUUAUGCAACAAAUGGUCGCUUCUCCAAUAGACACUGUGCC